AUGGGAAAAUUACAAAAUGCACUUUUGUAUUAUGAAAAAGCAUUAAAAAUUCAAGAAGAAAUUCUGCCUUCGAAUCAUGCAGAUCUAGCCAUCACUUACGACAACAUUGGACUUUUGCAUCAAAAACUAGGAAAUCACGUAACUGCACUUUCAUACCAUCAACAGGCUCUUGAAAUCAACGAAGAGGUUUUAUCUUCACAUCAUCCUGACCUUGCAAUCAAUUACAAUAAUCUUGCACAAAUCUACACGUUUAUGGAAGAUUAUGUAAAUGCACUAUCGUACUAUGAAAAAGCUAUUCGCAUCCAAGAACUCAUUUUGAGUUCUGAUAAUCCUGACCUUGCCAUCGUGUAUGAUAAUAUUGGCAGAGUUUAUGAAAAAAUGAACGAAUUCGACAAGGCACUUUUGUUCUAUAGAAAGGCACUUAAAAUUAAUGAAAAAGUUUUAAAUUCCAAUCAUCCUGAUCUAGCCGUUACUUACAACAACAUUGGAAAUAUCAAGUUUUAUCUGGAAGACUAUUCUAGUGCCAUGUUGUUUUAUCGAAAAGCACUUCAAAUUCAACAAACAUCUCUUUCUCGUAAUCAUCCUUACAUUGCCAAUACCUAUAAUAGCAUUGGUAUUGUGUAUAAAAGUAUGAGAGAGUUCUCCAAUGCACUCUCAUACUAUGAAAAAGCGCUUCAAAUUCAAGAAACAUCUUUGUCACCUAAUCAUUCUGACUUUAUGACUACUUACAUGAAUCUUGGUGCAUUAUAUUACAACACCGGAAAGUAUUCAACUUCAUUGUCGUAUUUUGAACGAGCACUAAAAAUCGGACAAGUUUCAUUACCGGAAAAUCAUUCAACGAUGAAACGUCUACAAAAAUAUAUUGCUAUUUUGGAAAAAGAAUUGUAA